AUCACUGUGCCUCUUUCGCAGCGGCGUGGUCUGGUUUGGUUGCUAGCCAGCCCUGUUCACAUUGAAGCGCGGCCGCGUCGGAGCCGCAAUGGCGUCAGUUUCACGCUCGACCUUCUCCGCGUUGCGCCCCGCCCCCGCCUGCCAUUGGCCGGCCGAAGAGCGAAUCAGCGGCUUGCUUGAUGAUGUCAUGCCAUGCAGUUGUUUUUGUGUUUUGUCGUCGUCACUCCUGAGCUGCGUGGCUCAAUACAACAGCGGGGUGCAGCGAUCAUAACCUUUCCAGCACUGCACGACGACUUCUAUACAGAAGAGCACACAGCAACCAUCAUCAUAAUAACAACAACAAUCCUAAUCAUAAUAACACACGGACGCGACAAUGAGGAGGAAUGCAGCAACGGCUUUGAAUUGUCAUUGUGACAGAUUCAUGAUGAUAAUAAUCAUUCAUCUACGUCGUGCGCUGCCUGUCCCUGCAGGUUCCUGCCAGGUUAUGUUAUCAGCCCGAGUGUAGUUUGCAGUUCGAGCUGCUGCGCUGUGCGAUGCUGGCAGUGUGCAGUUUGUUGUUGCUGUGAUUUGUUGUUGUUGUUAUUAGCACUGGCAUUGCGCUGCACGGGUCUGUAUAGAUGUGUAUAUGUAAACGGCGUGCUCAGAUGACCUUGUGUCCACCGGCGCUGCGGCACAGUGAAGUGAAAGGAGGUUGUUUUGGUGCUGCCCGCUCCUCACGGUAACGGCUCCUUAUUCCACCGGGCAGCGCAGCGAUUAGCCAUGACUAUACCGAAGGACAUACCGGAGAAGUGGCUGCCGAUAGUGCUGCCGUCAAAAAGGAAAAAAGAGAAGGAUCUAGCCAACUCUGCAGAAAGCGGAGGCGAUAUUAACAGCCACAGCCGGGUUACAGAGGAGGAGAGGAGGGUGAGGGCGAACGAUCGAGAAUACAACGAGAAGUUCCAGUACGCGAAUAACUGCAUCAAGACUUGCAAGUACCACAUCAUCACGUUCCUUCCUGUGAACCUGUUUGAACAGUUCCAAGAAGUGGCCAACACCUACUUUCUGUUCCUGCUCAUACUGCAGCUCAUCCCUCAGAUCUCCUCUCUCUCCUGGUUCACCACCAUCGUGCCUUUAGUCCUGGUGCUGACCAUCACCGCGGUCAAGGACGCCACAGACGACUACUUUCGUCACAAGAGCGACAAGCAGGUGAAUAACCGUCAGUCUCAGGUGCUAAUUAAUGGGAUUCUCCAGAAUGAAAAAUGGAUGUACGUCCGAGUUGGCGACAUCAUCAAACUAGAAAAUAACCAGUUUGUGGCAGCAGAUCUGCUUUUGCUGUCCAGCAGCGAACCUCACGGACUCUGUUACAUUGAAACUGCAGAACUUGAUGGAGAGACGAACAUGAAGGUACGGCAGUCCUUACCAGUCACCUCUGAACUGGGAGACACCAGCAAACUGGCCAGCUUCGAUGGGGAGGUGAUCUGCGAGGCCCCCAAUAACAAGCUGGAUAAGUUCUGCGGCACUCUGUACUGGAAGCAGAGUAAAUACCCUCUGAGCAACCAGAACAUGCUGCUGAGGGGCUGUGUGCUGAGGAACACAGAGUGGUGCUUCGGGCUGGUCAUCUUCGCAGGGCCUGACAGCAAGCUGAUGCAGAACAGCGGCCGCACCAAGUUCAAGAGGACCAGCAUUGACCGGCUCAUGAACACCCUGGUGCUCUGGAUCUUUGGGUUCCUGGUGUGCAUGGGGAUCAUCCUGUCGAUCGGGAACACCAUCUGGGAACAGCAGGUGGGCUCCCUCUUCCAGCUCUACCUGCGCUGGGACCAGGCUGUGGACAACGUGGUCUUCUCAGGCUUCCUGUCCUUCUGGUCCUACAUCAUCAUCCUCAACACUGUGGUGCCCAUCUCUCUCUACGUCAGUGUGGAGGUGAUCAGGCUGGGGCACAGCUACUUCAUUAACUGGGACCGGCGCAUGUUCUGCCAGCGCAGGGACACCCCCGCGGAGGCGCGCACCACCACUCUGAACGAGGAGCUGGGUCAGGUGGAGUACAUCUUCUCAGACAAGACCGGCACCCUCACCCAGAACAUCAUGACCUUCAACAAGUGCUGCAUCAGCGGGAAGAGCUACGGUGAGGUGUGUGACACGUUGGGCCCGCAGUCCAGAGUCAGACAGAGAGCGGUGCCGCUGGACUUCUCGUUCAACUCCCUGGCGGACCGGCGCUUUGUGUUCUUCGAUCACGCGCUGCUGGAGGCUGUGAAGGUGGGGCAGCCAGCCACCCACGAGUUCUUCAGACUGCUGGCCCUGUGCCACACCGUCAUGUCCGAGGAGAAGAGUGAGGGAGAGCUGUAUUACAAGGCCCAGUCCCCUGACGAGGGGGCUCUGGUGACUGCGGCCCGGUGCUUCGGGUUUGUGUUCCGGUCUCGGACCCCCCACACCAUCACGCUGCAGGAGAUGGGCCGCCCCGCCACCUACCAGCUGCUCUCUAUCCUGGACUUCAACAACAUCCGCAAGCGCAUGUCCGUCAUCGUCAGGAACCCCGAGGGCAAGAUCAGGCUGUACUGUAAAGGCGCCGACACGCUCCUGUUUGAGAGACUGCACCCCUGCAACCAGGACCUCAUGAAUAUCACCACUGACCACCUCAAUGAGUACGCGGGGGAUGGCUUGCGCACGUUGCUCCUGGCCUAUAAGGACCUGGAGGAGAGUGAGUACGAGGCCUGGUCCGAGCGGCUGCAGAGAGCCAGCAAGGCUGUGGACUGUCGAGAGGAGAGGCUGGCAGCCGUGUACGAGGAGAUAGAGCAGGACAUGAUGCUGCUGGGUGCCACGGCAAUCGAAGACAAGCUGCAGGAGGGAGUGCCGGAGACCAUCGCAAUCCUCACGCUGGCCAACAUCAAGAUCUGGGUGCUGACUGGAGACAAGCAGGAGACUGCUGUGAAUAUUGGAUACUCGUGUAAGAUGCUGACUGAUGACAUGACGGAGGUAUUCUUUGUGACAGGACGCACCGUGCAAGAGGUUCGAGAAGAACUCAGGAAAGCCAGAGAGAAGAUGAUGGACUCGACUGGCACUCUGGGGAAUGGCUUCACAUACCAGCAGGAGAAGCCCGACCCCCCCAAAGGGAGCUCCGUGCUGGAGGCCAUACCCGGGGAGUACGCCCUUGUCAUCAACGGACACAGCCUGGCCCACGCCCUGGAGGCUGACAUGGAGAGGGAGUUCCUGGAGACGGCCUGCGCCUGCAAGGCUGUGAUCUGCUGCCGGGUCACCCCCCUGCAGAAAGCACAGGUGGUGGAGCUGGUGAAGAAAUACAAGAGGGCAGUGACCCUCGCCAUCGGGGACGGAGCCAACGACGUGAGCAUGAUCAAGACGGCUCACAUCGGGGUGGGUAUCAGUGGUCAGGAGGGGAUCCAGGCAGUCCUGGCCUCGGAUUACACCUUCUCCCAGUUCAAGUCCCUGCAGCGCCUCCUGCUGGUGCACGGCCGCUGGUCCUACCUGCGUAUGUGCAAGUUCCUCUGCUAUUUCUUCUACAAGAACUUCGCCUUCACCAUGGUGCACUUCUGGUUUGGCUUCUUCUGCGGAUUCUCUGCGCAGACUGUCUAUGAUCAGUACUUCAUCACACUUUAUAAUAUUGUGUACACGUCGCUGCCUGUCCUGGCCAUGGGGAUUUUUGACCAGGACGUCCCGGAGCAGCGCAGUCUCGAGUACCCCAAGCUGUAUGAGCCGGGGCAGCUGAACCUCCUUUUCAACAAGCGCGAGUUCUUCAUGCAGGGCAUCUACACGUCCGUGGUGCUGUUCUUCGUGUCGUACUGGGUCUUCGCCGACGACGUCACGCAGCUCGCCGACUACCAGUCCUUCGCCGUCACCGUGGCAACCUCGCUGGUCAUCGUGGUCAGCGUGCAGAUUGCUCUGGACACAGGAUACUGGACAGCGAUCAAUCACUUCUUCAUUUGGGGCAGCGUGGCGAUGUACUUCGCCAUCAUGUUUGCCAUGCACAGCAACGGGCUCUUCAACAUCUUCCCCAAUCAGUUCACAUUCGUGGGUAACGCUCAGAACACUCUUGCUCAGCCCGCGGUGUGGUUCACGAUCCUGCUCUCCACUGUGGUGUGCAUCGUGCCUGUGGUGACUUUCCGUUUCCUCAAGCUAGACCUGAAGCCACAGCUCUCGGACACGGUUCGCUACACCCAGCUGGUUCGGAAGAAGCAGAAGCCCCAGGGCCGCCGGCUGCGCAUCGUGGGGCGCACUGGCUCCCGCAGGACGGGGUACGCCUUCUCUCACCAGGAGGGCUUCGGGGAGCUCAUCACCUCGGGGAAGAACAUGAGGCUAAGCUCCCUGGCGCUGUCCAGCUUCACCGGUCGCAGCGCCAGCUGGAUCGACACUCUGAGGAAGAAGAGAGGGACAGAGAGUCCUGUAGCACAGCAGGUCUCGGCCGGUGCAUCCCCUCAAGGAGCCGGAGCCUCGCAGGUCUCUGGAGUGCCGCUCGCAGCCCUAGAGACAGGAGCGACGGGACCAGCAGGGGGAGUCAGCGCCCCGGGACCAGCCUCCAUUACAGAGGAGUGCGCAGUGAAAGAGUGAACCAAACCUACAGGAGAGGGGGGGGGGGGGGGGGGUCUGAACCGUGCACGAAAAUACAACAGACAAACAGACUAACCAACAUGCGCGUGUGUGUGUGUACAUGUGUGUUUAUAAAUAUGUGUGUAUAUAUAUAUAUAUAUAUGUAUAUAUAUACAUAUAUGUGAGUUUGUACAGUGCUCCUGUCUUAACAGGUGGAAUGAGUUAGCAAGUGGUGAGCUCGUGGCUUGCAGUGGCUCUAUAAUGCCACAAAGCACUUCUGUAUUCGCUUUAUAAGGAGGAACACAAAUGCGUGGAUCUCUGUCUUUACACUGUGGCUCCCGACGUGCAGUGUUAAUGUGAGCACUGUAUGUAUUCUGAUAUAUAUAGAUGUAGAUAUAAAGUGUGUGUGUGUGUAUAUAUGUAUAGAUAUGUAUAUAUGUAGAUGAAGCCAAUAUGAAUCGAUGAGAACAUCACUUUGUCACUGUACUCCUCUGCAAGGAGGUGGGGGGGUAGGGUUCGUUUUUGGGAAGACCAGUGGGCCAGUAAGGAGACCCAAUGAACUAUUUCCAAUUCCCCCCCCCUCCCCCUUCAAUGCUUUGGACUGAACUGUAAAUAAAAGAAGUAGCUGAAGAGAAACCCCAAACCCUUUCUCUGCAUCUUGUUCUCGGUGAGAAUGCUGAGGGGAGUCGCUCAUUUCUUCUGUACCCUGGACUGCCUGCAGGAUUGAUUAUUUUUACGCCAUAUUGGCGUCUUGAACCCGUCUCCGACGAGCUGGACUGGCUUUGCUGUCUCGGACAGCAGGACCGCCCACCACGCUUUCGGGGUACCCCUCCCUCCUCCCCCUCCGCUAGUGGAGGCACCAUCUAUACAGUGAAGGAUCGCUACGCUUUGAUAAUAAGGAUUCGAGUGGAUGUUUUAAUAGUUUUUACUCAAGAAGAAGCAGAAGAACUAAUAUGGAAAUCUCUUCAGUCUUAACCACCCCCCAGGACAUACUGAGGUGUUUGGGUUUUUUUUUUUAAUUAACAGUUAUUGUCUGCAGCUUCACUCGCUGUUUUUUGUUUAUUUAUUUAUUUAUUUUUAACCACAGAAAGAAGACAAAGGACUUUGAAAAACCUGUAACUGCUUUCUGGACUGAAAUUUAAAAUGUUUUUGUUUUGCUCCACAAGCUUAAUGCAGCAAAGAAGGAAGGCAUCACUGCUGUUGUUUACGAAGCGCUGCCCUGUCUGAAAUAAAUUAAGCCAACAGCGAUCUCAGAGAUGCACAAAAUAAACUUCUGAUUCACAAUAAA